AUGAGCUACGGCGGCGGCUAUGGUGGAGGCUACGGCGGUGGAGGGGGCUGGGGUGGAGGCCACGAGGACCGCAUGAACAAUCUUGGUAGCGGCCUUCGCACCAUUGAUUGGGGCUCUCAGAAGCUGUCCACUUUCGAAAAAAACUUUUACAUCGAAGACAAGCGUGUCUCAUCUCGUAGCGAUAGAGAAGUCGAGGAGUUCAGAAAGCUAAAGGAGAUGAAGGUUCAAGGUCGCAACGUUCCGAGACCCGUCAGUUCCUUCGACGAAAUUGGCUUUCCGGAGUAUAUCAUGUCGACCAUUCGCGCGCAAGGCUUUCCAUCCCCUACUCCCAUCCAAUGUCAAGCAUGGCCAAUGGCGCUCAGCGGUCACGACGUUGUUGCCAUAGCUCAGACUGGUAGUGGAAAGACGAUUGCCUUCGCUCUUCCAGCUAUGUUGCAUAUCAAUGCUCAACCUCUCCUGGCUCCCGGCGAUGGUCCAAUCGCCCUGAUCCUAGCUCCCACUCGUGAACUUGCUGUUCAGAUUCAGCAAGAGUGCACUAAGUUUGGAUCUAACUCUCGCAUCCGCAACACUGCAAUUUAUGGUGGUGCACCCAAGGGGCCUCAGAUUCGCGACCUCCAACGAGGCGUUGAGAUUGUGAUUGCCACUCCUGGGCGGCUGAUCGACAUGCUGGAGACGCAGAAAACGAACUUGCGCCGGGUGACUUAUCUGGUCAUGGAUGAGGCGGACCGAAUGUUGGAUAUGGGUUUUGAGCCCCAGAUAAGAAAGAUCGUUGGUCAAAUUCGACCUGACAGACAGACUCUGAUGUUCAGCGCUACGUGGCCGAAGGAUGUCCAGAAACUUGCUAAUGAUUUCUUGAGAGAUUUCAUCCAAGUUAACAUUGGGUCUAUGGAGCUCACCGCCAAUCAUAACAUCCAACAGAUCGUUGAAAUUUGCAGCGAAUUUGAGAAGCGGGCGAAGUUGAUUAAGCAUCUUGACCAGAUCAGCCAGGAGAACGCCAAGGUCCUCAUCUUCGUGGGAACGAAGAGGGUCGCAGAUGAUAUUACGAAGUAUCUCCGCCAGGACGGCUGGCCUGCCUUGGCUAUUCACGGUGACAAGGAACAGCGUGAACGCGAUUGGGUACUGAGCGAAUUCAAGGCUGGACGAUCACCGAUUCUCAUUGCUACGGAUGUAGCAUCCCGUGGUCUUGACGUGAAGGAUGUUGGUUACGUCAUCAACUAUGAUUUCCCCAACAACUGCGAAGACUACAUCCAUCGAAUUGGUCGUACAGGACGUGCUGGUAUGAAAGGCACCUCCUACACCUACUUCACCACAGAUAACGCGAAGUCGGCUCGUGACCUGAUCGCAAUCCUGAGGGAGGCUAAGGCUGUGGUACCCCCUCAACUCGAGGAAAUGUCGAUGUUCAGCGGCGGAGGUGGUCGAAGCCGGUAUGGUGGCGGUGGCGGUGGUCGCGGUCGUGGUGGAGGCGGCGGCGGCGGUGGCGGCAGGUACGGUGGCCACGACAGUGGUUACGGUGGAAGGAACGAUCGGUGGUGA